ACGCCUCAGAGGGGAGGCGUGGCCUGCCCGGUGCGCGCGCCUGGCCGUGGGUGAUCAGCUGGUCUGCGCUCCCCUGACGUGGGCUGGGGCACGUCACCGCCGAAUGGCAGCCUCCAGAAAGCCGCCGCGAGUAAGGGCGAAUCGCCAGGAUUUUCAGCUGAGAAAUUUAAGAAUAAUUGAAUCUAAGGAGGUGACACCCUCAGGAGACAAGAGCGUGGAAGCAGACCACGGGAUGGCUCCGAAGGUGACUUCAGAACUGCUUCGGCAGCUGCGACAAGCUAUGAGGAACUCCGAGUACGUGGCAGAACCCAUCCAGGCCUAUAUCAUCCCAUCAGGAGAUGCCCACCAGAGUGAGUACAUUGCACCCUGUGACUGUCGGAGGGCGUUUGUCUCUGGAUUCGAUGGCUCUGCAGGCACAGCCAUCAUCACGGAGGAGCAUGCGGCCAUGUGGACUGACGGGCGCUACUUCCUCCAGGCUGCCAAGCAGAUGGACAACAACUGGACUCUCAUGAAGAUGGGUCUGAAGGACACACCAACGCAGGAGGACUGGCUGGUGAGUGUGCUUCCAGAAGGGUCCAGGGUUGGUGUGGACCCCCUCAUCAUUCCCACAGAUUACUGGAAGAAGAUGGCCAAGGUACUGCGAAGUGCUGGUCACCACCUUGUGCCUGUGAAGGAGAACCUUGUGGAUAAGAUCUGGACAGACCGGCCCGAGCGUCCUUGCAAGCCCCUGCUCACACUGGGCCUGGAUUAUACAGGCAUCUCCUGGAAGGAGAAGGUUGCAGACCUCCGGUUGAAAAUGGCAGAGAGGAGCAUCGCAUGGUUUGUGGUCACUGCCCUAGACGAGAUUGCCUGGCUGUUCAAUCUCCGCGGGUCAGAUGUGGAACACAAUCCGGUGUUUUUCUCCUAUGCGAUCGUAGGACUAGAGACGAUCAUGCUCUUCAUUGACGGGGACCGCGUCGAUGCGCCGGGCGUGAAGCAGCACCUGCUCCUUGACUUGGGCCUGGAGGCGGAAUACAGAAUCCAGGUGCUGCCUUACAAGUCCAUCCUGAGCGAGCUCAAGACCCUGUGUGCUGACCUGUCCCCGAGGGAGAAAGUGUGGGUCAGUGACAAAGCCAGCUAUGCUGUGAGCGAAGCCAUCCCCAAGGAUCACCGCUGCUGUAUGCCUUACACACCCAUCUGCAUUGCCAAAGCCGUGAAGAACUCUGCUGAGUCGGACGGCAUGAGGCGGGCUCAUAUUAAAGAUGCCGUUGCCCUCUGCGAACUCUUCAACUGGCUGGAGCAAGAGGUUCCCAAAGGUGGCGUAACCGAGAUCUCUGCGGCUGACAAAGCCGAGGAAUUUCGAAGGCAACAGGCUGACUUUGUGGACCUGAGCUUCCCAACGAUUUCCAGCACGGGACCCAAUGGCGCCAUCAUUCACUACGCGCCAGUCCCUGAGACGAACAGGACCCUGUCCCUGGACGAGGUGUACCUCAUCGACUCCGGUGCUCAGUACAAGGAUGGAACCACGGAUGUCACCCGGACCAUGCACUUUGGGACCCCCACUGCCUAUGAGAAGGAAUGCUUCACAUAUGUGCUGAAAGGCCACAUAGCUGUGAGCGCAGCUGUGUUCCCGACGGGAACCAAAGGCCACCUUCUGGACUCCUUUGCCCGGUCAGCUUUGUGGGAUUCUGGCCUGGACUACCUGCAUGGAACAGGACAUGGUGUUGGGUCCUUUCUGAAUGUUCACGAGGGGCCUUGUGGCAUCAGUUAUAAGACGUUCUCCGACGAGCCCUUGGAAGCUGGCAUGAUCGUCACCGAUGAGCCGGGGUAUUAUGAAGACGGGGCAUUUGGGAUCCGCAUUGAGAAUGUUGUUCUGGUGGUCCCUGCAAAGACCAAGUAUAAUUUCAACAACCGAGGAAGCCUGACCUUUGAACCUCUAACUUUGGUUCCCAUUCAGACCAAAAUGAUAGAUGUGAAUGCUCUUACAGAUAAAGAGUGUGACUGGCUCAACAGCUACCACCAGACCUGCAGGGACGUGAUUGGGAAGGAGCUGCAGAGCCAGGGCCGCCAGGAAGCUCUGGAGUGGCUCAUCAGAGAGACAGAGCCUAUCUCCAGGCAGCAUUGAUGUCGUCUAGCGUUUGGUUUUCCUAGGAUGCUCUGGGGGAAGGAGGACACAAGGCAGACCCCUGACUACUUUCUCCUCACCUCCUCUUCCCCGACUCCCCUUUUUACUUUUAGACACAAAGAAGAGCUGAAACUCUUCUUACCUACUUUGAUAUUUUCUUGCAAACAGUCUUUUAUGAAUUUUUAAUUGUUGAGAAUGAGCCAGGAAUAAAACUGCUACACCAGAAGGAGGGGGCCCCACAAAGCCGAAGACUUGACAGGGGGGAGACACCUGAGCCCUCUGACCAGUGAUGGCCAACACUGACUGCUCCGCGAUGGUCUCGUUCCAGGUGCUAGGACCUCAGUCAUGGUCACCUUGAUGUUCAUGAGACCCUCCUAUGAUCAGUGAAUAAAAACAUCAAAACUUGA